ACCUUCUACUAUGCAGUUUAGAAAGCGACUCAUAUCCAUCUUAUUAUUGGUAAACUUUGCCAUCAUAUUGACUUAUCUCGCUAAAACGAACCUUCAUGGACGAGAGGCGGUGAAGAUGGAAAGCUUUGUAAUGCGAUUACCGAGGGGAAUUGUGAACAUGACGAGAAACCCAGCAACAAGAACAACGGCAACUGCAAGAGUAUUAACUAUCUACGAACAAAGGAGGCAGAAAGCUCGGGAUGUCUGCAAGAAGCUGUUUCCGGGCGGAGUGAAUGUGACGUCACUUACAAAACGUGACGUCAACCACUUUUUGGUCGACGAAAAACGCAAGUUCAUCUAUUGUCAGAUUCCAAAGGUGGCAUGCACUAACAUCAUAAGGCUUAUGCUUGGUUUAAAUGGAGUCGAAAACCCUUAUAAUAUCAGCAGUUCUGACAUUUUCCUCUACCAAAAGUAUGAUGUUUACUUGAAUAAAAUGCGCCUACAAUACUACAGAAAGGAAAAGAUUUGGGAGAGAUUGACCAAUGCGAACUACACGAAGUUUUUAUUGGUUCGCGAUCCUUAUGAGCGAUUGUACUCUGCUUACCAGCACAAGUUGGUCGUUGGAACUGUACAGUUUCUACAGAUCUAUGGUUCUCAGAUAUUAAAAAAAUAUCGCCCUGGCCUUAAGACAAAUGAAUACAGGAGGGGACGUGGGGUAAGGUUUGAUGAGUUCCUUACGUUCAGACUGAAUCCUCAAGAUUUUACGAAUGCGCAUGGGAGAUGGAAUAAGUCGGAUGAGCACUGGGCAGAAGUUUAUGAUCUAUGCCAUCCAUGUCACGUGGACUAUGACAUCAUAGGAAAGUACGAGACGGUCGAGACGGAUAUGACGCACGUGAUUUCAUCAUUUGAUCCGCCGACGGAUCUAACAUGGCCGAAACGAAGCGAUCAUUACAAAAACAAGCCCACGGCUGAUAUACUGCAUGAAGGGUAUAGAAACAUUAGCAGCGGGCUGUUGAAGAAUAUAUCUAAACUUUUUGAUAGGGAUGUCAAUAUAUUUGGUUAUGAUGAUGUGGAGUUCUACAAACGAAAUAGUGUUGGUUGA